AUCGCUUGUACUAUCUUGCAUCACUUUGCAAAAAUGGCUGCGGUCAUAGACGACUCACUUCGACAGAAUCUGUGCGAUAUUUUCAAAAUACAUGAACUGAGACCACACCAAAACCGUGCAAUUCAAGCUCUUAGUGAAGGAAAGGAUGUGUUUAUAGGUACCAGAACAGGAAGCGGCAAGUCGCUUGCAUAUGAAUGCUAUCCACUCGUCUCCAAAGGCGCUAUUGUGCUAGUCAUUGCUCCGUUAGUGAACAUUAUGUCAGAGCAAUGCAAACGGUUGAUUGACCAUGGAUUCAAGGCAACUUAUAUAGGCAAAGACCACCAUGAUGAUGAGAGAAUCGCAGAAGGGUAUUAUGAUUUCGUGUUUGGAAGCCCAGAAUGUUUUUUAGAUGACACAAAGUGGCGCAACAUGCUCAAAUCGAGUGUUUACCAAGAGAGACUAAAACUGAUUGUUGUUGAUGAGGCCCAUACCAUGAUACAAUGGGGUGAGAGUUUGAAAGGAGAGGAUCCGUUCAGGGUGUGUUUUUCAAGGAUUGGAGAACUUCGUUCUUUAUGCAAAAAAGCUCAAGUCUUAGCACUAACAGCAACUUCUGGUCCAACACAGAGGAGGAAAAUCAUGAAGACCCUUUGUUUCCUACCCAAUAAUGAUGUGAUUGUUGAAUCGCCCGACAGAAAUAACAUCAAGAUCACUACCAUGUGUAUUCCAGUUACUCAUGACUUGGAAGACACUUUCCGAUUCUUACUGAAUGAUCUUGCAAGAUUAAAGGAAAAUUUACCAAGGCAUGUGAUCUUUUGUGAAACAAUUGUAAAUGUUUCAAAGGUUUAUUCAAUCUUUGUAAAACAUUUCGGUCAGGCAUGCGAAAUGAUAAACAUGUAUCAUAGCAAAACAACAGAGAAAGUAAAAGAAAAAAUAAGAAAUGAUUUGGCAGUAGAUGGGAAAAUUCGUAUUCUGAUAUGCACAAAUUCAGCUGGAAUGGGUGUGAACUUUUAUGGUUUAAACAACAUCAUUCACUACGGAUUGCCACGAGAGAUGGACACUUUUGUUCAACAGAUGGGUCGAGCUGGACGAGAUGGCAAUUUUGCACAUGAACUUGUUUUGUACACUGCCCACAAGAAACAUUUAAGUCGCGUUGAAGAUGACCUCGUGAAACUUGUGAAGGAUGAGUCCCAGUGUAGACACUAUGGCUUAUGCCAUGCCUAUGCGACAAAUCAUGAACAAAUUGAACCAAAACACAAUUGUUGUGAUGUGUGCCAGAAAAUUUUGUUUGGUGAAACAGAAAUGCUGGAAAUGCCUUUGACAAGUGACAGUGAGGAAGAAUCAGAGGACAAAUGA